AUUCAGUUAGAGAAGAGGAAGUUUUAUCCAAAGAAACUGAUAUGGAAGAUUCUGAAAGAGAUAGUAUGGAAAAUUCCAAAAAAAGUGAGAAAGAAGACAUUAGUAAAUCAGAGUCUGAAUCAAAAGAAUUGGAAAGUAAAGAGGAAUAA